AUGAGUGAAGAAGAAGCUGAUGAUACACCAAUAUUAGAUAUCAAGCCUGCUUUGACAAAAGAAGAGAAUUAUCCAGCCUGGAUGAGAGAACUAAUAACAAAAGAAAAAAAGUUUAAUGAGAUGUUAGAAUGCGUAAAAACAGAAAUUCAACAAGUUGAUAAAGGAUUAAGAGAAUUAGAUGAAAAAAAGAAAACCUUUAGAUAAGUGCAACGUGAUUAUAGGCCAUAGAAAAUUCAAAAAUAGCCAGAAAUUUAAGGAGAUUAUCACUAAUACUAUUCUCAAUUAAAAUAUGAGAGGAACAAUAAACUUAGUUUUUCUCUGAUCAAUUCACCUGUUGCUUCAUAAAUUAUACUCUUCUUAUAAGACCCUAUUAAAACGUGUUUAGUGUUAUAAAGAGUAUGUUAAAAGUGGAAUUAUGUAUUUAAUUCGAACUUGGUAUGGGCGAAUUUAAUUAAUCAUUCAUUUGGGGAGAAUAUUUUAAAGCAAAUAUCGUUAGAAAAUUAUAAAACCUUUGGGGUUUCCAUCUAUAAAUUAUUGAUAACCUCUAUCAAAUUUAUAAAGCAAAAUUCUUAAACAUUUAAUCUAACCAAAGAUCAAGUAAAAUUAUGUUAAAAUGGUCUCCAAUUAAUCUAAAGAUUGCUAUGCAUUCCAGAAAAUUGCUAUAUCAAAACUAAGCUUCUUGCAGAGUUAUAAAGUUUGGAUCUGAAAUCAUCAUUAGAUUCUAUUUUAGAAACUCAUAAUCAUAUAGUGAAAUAGGAAGCAAUUAAUUUAAAGAUUACACUUUAAGGUAUAAGCAAUUAUGCAUACAAAACUUUGGUUGGGAUUAGUGAUCUAAUGAAACUUAAAUAUCGUUUGAAUGACUAGGAAAAUAAUGUAAUUCUACCUUCGAAAUAUUUUUAUGAACUUACACCUUAAGAUGCCAAAAUAUUAGUCAAUUUAAGCAAUCCUGAAGAUGAUUAUAGGAAAUUAAAGAAUUUGAAAGAGUUUAAUAAAUUUGUAGUUGCUAAAAUGAAUGGACAACCAUUAUAUAUGAAUCUAUAAUAUAAGAAGAACGAAAUAAUUGGUAAUGGCGAAGAUGAGUAAAGAAAUUUAAUAGUCUUUCAAGCGCAAAUACGAUUUGAUGUGCAGAAUAUAAAUAAACAAUUAACAAAUGGAGUUGAAUAUUAUGGAGAAGGCGAAUUAGUUAUUGAAAGUAGGAAGGAAAGGAAUCAUUAUGAUAUCUACAUCAUACAAGACUUGAAACAGAAAUUCUAUAUAAUAGGAUCUUCAGGGUCAGAUACAAUUUUAUUUGAGUUUUUAUGA